AUUCAAAUCUACAUUUCCAUUUUAUCUCACAUUUUUUGUUUUUUCUAUUUUUUAAAUCUUUGGUAAGUUCUCUAAUGCAUGCCUUAGGCUAUGAUAUUCAAUGCCAUGCAUUGGAAGUUGUGCUAGGUGACACUAGCUACACUUGAACGUUGUGACUUUACUUUGCAAUGAUGAGUUCAUAAGAUGUGAUCAUAAUUCACAUUGCAUGAGUACUUGCAGAAAAGACAGCUGCUCAUGACCAAAGCUGAGCAAGACAGAUUAUUGUCAGAGAAGCCAAAAGUGGUGCCUGAUGAAUUAGAACCCGAAGCUACCCCACCAAAUGCUUCAGAAAAAGAUGAAGAAAAAAGUUCCUCUCCUGAACCUGAGCAGAUUAAUCUCUCUGGUGAGAAUUUUAGAACAGAUGCUGAAGAGCCUGAAAAGGAAACUAUGUCAAUGGAUGCUCCGGAAGAAGUGGGAGGACUGAGGUGCUUCUUGGGAUCAACUCUUAGGGAGGCUUCUGAUCUAUCUGCUCCUGAACCAGGGAGGGAAUCUUCUAUCAUCGAGCUGAGCGACGAUGAAAAUGGUGUUGCUCCAGACCCUUAUGAUGCAAUAUGGAACUAUAUGGAUCCCCAAGGAGUAGUUCAGGGGCCCUUUCCACUAGCCUCGUUGUCUCGCUGGUACAAGUCUUCGUACUUUGACCCCGAAUUCCAAAUCUGGAGUGUUUACGAAAGCCAACAACAAUCCCUUCUACUUGUUGAUGUGCUUCGGGAAUAUUCGCUGAUCUAGAAGUCUUAUAUUAUUAAGAUUGACAUUUAUAUUUGUUUAUAUUUUCUUUGUUCAAAGAGUUCAGGAGUAUGUAGACUACAAUAAACAUGUCCCUGAAGCAGAAUAGGAAUUCAUUUUUUUUGUUCAUGUCAUAGACAACACUGAACAUUAUGAAUUCAAGCACAAUGAGAUGUACUUUAGCCUUAUGUCUAAUUCUAAAUCUGUUCCUUAGCUUUGCCACACAGGAUGACAUUGAAACCUGGCAGAAGUAAGACAAAUACAGUAAGGCUUUUGGU